AUGCAGACGGUCCUUGAAGACGUGGAGUGUGCGGAGGAACAUGUUCUCGAUUUCAAGGGCUCGAUCAAGGGUCAUCAAGUGCUCAACCGCAAUCGGGCGCGUGGGCAUUUGACAUUGAUGGCCGACUACUUUGCCCCCGAUGCACUAUUCGCUGACCAUUUUCGCCGGCGUUUUCGGAUACGCAAGACUAUCUUCGAUUGUUUGUACCACGGCGUCCGAUCCUACGAUGACUACUUCAUCCCAAAGAAGGACGCCAUGGGAAUGAUUGGCUUCUCUGGUUACAAGAAGUGCACGGCCAUACUCUGGAUGCUUGCAUAUGGCACGGUUGCUUAUUCGUGGGACGAGUACCUAUGGAUGUUUGAGAGAACAUGCGGAGAUGCCAUGGUCAGGUUUGCAACUGCCAUGGUCGAGGUGUUCGGACCUCAGUGCCUGAGAUGA